AUGGUCAAUGUCUUUGCAGUACCUGGUAAGGGAUACGCCCCAGAAGAGGCUGGAAUCUUUUUCAUCGUUUUCCGCGAGACGCUGGAGACCAGCAUUGUUGUGUCGAUUCUCCUUGCUUUCAUCAAGCAACAAGUAGGCCCAACUCAGGAUAUCGUCGUAUAUAAAAAACUACGAAAACAGGUCUGGCUAGCGACAGCAUUGGGCCUGGCAAUCUGCAUCAUUGUCGGUUGCGGCCUCAUCGGUGCGUUCUAUGGCGUCGGUGUUGAUGGCUGGGGCAAGGCAGAGGAGAUCUGGGAGGGCAUCUUCAGCUUGAUAGCCACCGUCAUCAUCACCAUCAUGGGUGCUGCUCUCCUGCGUGUCUCCAAGAUGAAGGAGAAGUGGCGGGUCAAGAUUGCCAAGGCCCUCAAGGCCAAAGAUCGCGCAUCGGUCGGGAAAUUCAGCCUGAAGCGAUGGGGCGAGAAAUACGCCAUGUUUAUUCUUCCGUUCAUCACCAUUCUAAGAGAAGGCCUGGAGGCUGUCGUCUUUAUUGGCGGUGUCAGUCUUGGAGUUCCAGCGUCCUCCAUCCCCGUUGCAACCAUUACGGGUCUGUUGGCUGGAUGCAUCGUGGGCUAUCUGAUCUACAAGGGUGGAAACUUUGCUCCAAUCCAAUUAUUCUUGAUCUUCUCCACCUGCGUCUUGUAUCUUGUCGCCGCUGGUCUAUUUACCAGAGCUGUCGGUUACUUUGAAAUGAAUACUUGCUGCAGCCCUGAGCUCAACGGCGGCGGUGGAUGGGGCAUCUUCAACGCGAUUCUAGGCUGGACCAACUCUGCGACGUAUGGGACAGUGCUUUCCUACAAUCUCUAUUGGCUGGCGGUGAUUCUAGGGUUCCUGGCCAUGAUGUACAACGAGAAGAAGGGCCACUGGCCGUUUAUGAAGCCGAAGAAGGUGGCUGCUUCCGAGCAGCUGUCAUCAUCGGACGGAGAGGCCGGUGUUGUGGACACGGCCGAGAAGGCGAUCGAAAACACGGACACGACGCCUUCUAUGGCAGUUCGGCCUGUCGAAUUCUACGGCUGGUGA